AGUGUUUGACUGCCCUGGCAGGGUUGUUGCUCUUGUCCUUCGGCAGCUUGGCCGCUAGUCAGAUCGAGGAUCAAACAGAACAGUUCUUUAGAAGUGGGCAUACAAACAACUGGGCUGUUUUGUCACAUUGUUCUGAUGCUUGCAGACGAUAUGGCAUGCAACCCUAGAAAUCCCAAACCAGCUACAGUGUUUAGUCACAAGAAUAUGGAACUAAAUGUGUAUGGAGAUGAUGUGGAAGUAGAUUAUAGAAGUUAUGAGGUGACUGUGGAGAAUUUUUUACGGGUAUUAACUGGCAGGAUCCCACCUAGUACUCCUCGGUCAAAACGUCUUCUUUCUGAUGAUAGGAGCAAUAUUCUUAUUUAUAUGACUGGACAUGGUGGAAAUGGUUUCUUGAAAUUUCAAGAUUCUGAAGAAAUUACCAACAUAGAACUUGCAGAUGCUUUUGAGCAAAUGUGGCAAAAAAGACGCUACAAUGAGCUGCUCUUUAUUAUUGAUACUUGUCAAGGAGCAUCCAUGUACGAACGAUUUUAUUCUCCUAAUAUAAUGGCCUUAGCUAGUAGCCAAGUGGGAGAAGAUUCGCUCUCGCAUCAACCUGAUCCUGCAAUUGGAGUCCACCUUAUGGAUAGAUAUACAUUUUAUGUCUUGGAAUUUUUGGAAGAAAUUAAUCCAGCUAGUCAAACUAAUAUGAAUGACCUUUUUCAGGUCUGUCCCAAAAGUCUAUGUGUGUCUACCCCUGGACAUCGCACUGAUCUUUUUCAAAGGGAUCCUAAAAAUGUCCUGAUAACUGAUUUUUUUGGAAGUGUGCGGAAAGUGGAAAUUACAACAGAGACUAUUCGUCUGCAACCAGAUUUAGGAAACAUGGAAAACAGAUAUAAGAAAGAGUGGAUGGAUGAAGAACUAAUGGAACCUCUGAAAUAUGCUGAACAACUUCCUGUAGCUCAGAUAAUACACCAGGACUGGUCUGGGCAUCACAGAAUAUUUGGCAUUCCUGGUGCUUCCAAGCACUUCUCAGUUAUUAUGAUACCAAGCAACACUCUUACCUUUUCUGAACAGUCUCCCCUCUCAUGGAGGGCAAGACCUCAGGUUGAGGACCACUGCAGGUAAUUAUUUGCAGUGUAUGCCCAUAGAACGUUUAUUUGUCUCAUGUCAUCUCUUAAUCUUACACUUGUGAUAUUUCAAAAUAUGUGUAAUUAGAAUCUCUGCUCACUUUUCUAAAUUCUGAGAUGUCUUGGACUCUGAAAUUCUAGCUUCUGUCACGACAUGACAUGGAGUUGGAUCAUUUUUCAGUUCUGUCCUCAUUUAUGAUAACUCUUCUUCAUUGUGUUUUACUGUAGCUAUUUUGGCAUUUUAAUGUUUUUCUAUUCCAAUAAUACCUACGUCAUUAUAGGUAAACUUUACUAAAGGUUGACUGAAAUGUCUAUCAAAUAGAAAAUCUGGCACUUUUUUAGAAAUGUGCCUAUUGAAUUAUCGAUAUCUGGAAACUCAUGAAAAGGUUGCUGACUCCUUAUUGCUCUCACUGCCUAGGGACUGGCUAACAUUGCUUUAAAAUCUUACAGAGAUUUCCCUAAUCAUUGCAAAUUUAAAACGGAAGUCUAAUGGAAAAUAAUAUACUGUUCAUUUAUUUUUAUUCAAAUUAUAAGGCAAGUAAUAAAAAUUAAACUACUUGAAGGUCAUAUGCUGUUCUUUUAAUAUCAACUGGGAUAUGAUUUUAAAUUCAUAUAAAUUAACCUCUGCUAUCAUAUUAUAACUUACGACAGUCACUUCCAAAAUGUCACUUUUCAAGGGAGAAAUGAAAUAGUAAAGCUGUUUGAAAAUAGUGAUCAAUAUUUCAAUACUGAUAUUUUACCAACUUUACGUAAGUUUGAAAACUUUUGUGCAUUUAUAAACUUGUCACCAUAGUUUCUGAUAUAUUAAAUGUCUAUAUUAGAAAUGAAAAAUAUGAGGGGCACCUGGCUGGCUCAGUCACAGGAGCAUGUGACUCUUGAUCUCAGGGUCAUGAGUUUGAGCCCCACGUUGGGUGUAGAGGUUACUUAAAUAAAUAAGUAUUAAAAAAAAAGGAAUUAAAAAAUGUGAGCUUCAUUAGUCAGUAAGUACUCCAAAGUAAAAAACCAGAUACCAUUUUUCACCAAAUUUGUAAAAAUUUUUAAAAUGAGAAUAGUUGAUAUUGGUGAGGAGGCAGUGCAAUGGGCAUGCUCAUAAAUUGCAGAUGGGAAUGUUAGUUAAUAUAGCCUUUGUGGACAAUAGUUUGUUAGUGUAUGUAUUUAUAAAUAAUAAUAGCAAUUCUACCUCUAGGAUUUUAUUCCAGAAGAAGGAAUUAGAUUAGGACAGAUUUAUGUUUAAAGCUGUUACUUUUGCUACAGCAAUUCUUAGGAAACAACGUAAUGUAAUAGACUGAACUAGAAUUGAAUCCAAGCUCCACCAUUUAAUAACUGCCCAGUCUUGGGCAAGUCUUUUAAUCGUUCUUUUGCAAAUCAUCCUUUGAAAUAUGAUGAUACUGAUGACAAUGACAACAAUAACAACAGUGAAGACAACAGACAACUUCAUGUGGAUAAAAUUGCUGCUGAAUAUGUCUAGUUAGGUCCCUGUCCUAUUUUCCAUGGCAUACAUCUCAAGUAUUUGCUAGUCUUUAUGCCUCUACCUCAUUCUGUCCCCUUUAAUGUUAAGCUUAUGACUUAGCAUCCAAAGUCUGGAGAAAAAUGAGGUCAUUAGGCAAAAACAUUGUUAGUAUACCUUUCCUAUACCUUCAGACUCAUUUGUGUCUUCAUGAGUCUUUAUCUUUUCUGUCCAUCUCAAAGGAAGAAGUGUGUGAAUUGUAUCAGGGAUACCUUGCUUACACAAUCAGGAACCUCGUUCCAUCAGCUAUACCUCUCUCUCUUGUCUUUACAGUCUCCACUGUUGACCUAGGUGUUUUAAGUCCUUAAAACAGUCUUCCUCAGUUCAGCUUUCCCUUCAAGCUUUACUUUUUUCUCCUUUCUCUCUUGUUGAUGUUUUAAAAGUAAACUAGCUCUCAACAAUAUAAAAACAAUCAAUCCAGUUAAAAAAUAAACAAAGGACUUGAAUAGACAUUUCUCCAAAGAUGAUAUACAGGUGACCAAUAUGCACAUGAAAAGGUGCUCAGCAUCACUAAUCAAUGGGAAAAUAAAGUUAGAACCACAAUGAGAUACUUCUUCAUACCCAUUAGGAUGGCUGUUUGAAAUGAAAUGAAAUGAAAUGAAAUGAAAUGAAAUGAAAUGAAAUGAUGAAAUGAAAUGAAAUGAAAUGAAAUACAGUAAAUAAUGAGGAUGUAGAGAAACUGGAACCUUUGUGUACUGCUAGUAGAAAUGUAAAAUGGUACAACCACUAUGGAAAAUAGUAUGGUGGUUCCUCCGAAAAUUUAAACAGAGGGGCACCUGGUGGCUCAGUUGGUUGAGCAUCUGACUCUUGAUUUGGGCUCAGGUCAAGAUCCCAGGGUUGUGGGAUUGAGCCCUGUGUUGGGUUCUGCACUGAGUGGGGAGCCUGCUUGGGAUUCUUCCUCUCUCUUUCCCUUUGUCCCUGUGCCCCAUUUGUGCUCUGUCUCUCUCUCAAAUUAAAAAAUAAAAUUUUAAUAUAAUUACUGUAUGAGCCAGCAGUUGUACUUCUGAGUAUAAUAAGCAAAAGAAUUUAAAGCAGAAAAUGAACAGAUACUCAUAUCCCAAGAUUUAUAGUAGCAUUACUCAUAACAGCCAAAAGGUUGGAACACCCCAAAUGUCCAUCGAUAAAUAGAUUUUAAAAAUUGGCAUAUACAUAAAAUGGAAUAUUAUUUAACCUUAAAAAGGAAGGAAAUUCUGGCACAUGCUUGAGCCUUGAAGAUGUUAUGCUAAGUAAAGUAAGCCAGACACAGAAGUACAAAUGUUGUACGAUUCCAUUUACAGGAAGGACCUAUAAUGGUCAAAUUCAGACACAGAAAAUAGAAUGACGGUUGUCACUAGACGCUAAGCGAGGAAAGACUGGUGUUGUUUAAUGGGUAAAGAGUUCCAGUUUGGGAAGAUGAAAAAGUUCUGGAGUUGGAUGGUGGUGAUGGCUGUACAACAGUAUGAAGGUACUUAGUGCCACUGAACUCUACACCUAAAGUGGAUAAAUUGGUAAACUUUAUGUUAUGUUUAGUUUAUCACAAUAAAAAAAAUAAACUAGCUCUCUUCAUUUCCUUAUUCCCCUUUCUUUUUCAAGAUACGUUAUUGUACUGCUGGUACUUCAGCAGCUGCUCUAUAACUCUUCUUGGAAAGUUUACUAAAAUUCCUUAAUUUUCACAUCCUCCUCAUCUUUGAUUUCUUUGUGGUAUUCACCUCUGUUAAUUAAUCUCUCUGAAACCUUUUUUCUUUGCCCUUGGACCAUCACUGUAUGGUGGUUUUCCUCCAGUGUCUCUGAUCGCAUCCUUUGAAAAUCUGUUGCUGAUCCCUUCCUAGAUCUGUCUCUAGGAUUCUGUCACUUUUACAAAUUCCUACUGGACAUGAACUCCCUACUGUUUGAUCUACCAUAAUGGUUUUCAAAUAUUCAUAUGCCAGUGAUCCCCCGAAUAGCCUCAUCUCCUUCUUGAGUUGCAGAACAGUCUCUUAUUGUCUGUAUGACAGCUCCACCUAGAUCUUCAACACAUUGUUGAACAGAAUUCACCCUUUCCUAAAGGGCUCUUCUAUUAUGUUUUAUAUCUCGAUGCCACUAUAUCUGCAGUAGUGUUGCUUCAGAAAUCUUGGGCUUUUUUUUCUCUCUCUCUCUCUCUGUCUCUCCCCCCUCCUUCUCUUUCGUCUUCUCUUCCUCCUUCUCUCUCUCUCUCUUUAUCCCUUCUUCUCCCUCUCACAACAUUCGUAUAUAUUGGUUUUUAUUCCUAUUUAUUCUAUCCCUUAAAUAUCUCUUAAAUUCUUCUGCUUCUUUUCAUAUUUGUUGUGCACCUGCAAGUAGGUGCAAAACAUAUUUUACAGUUAAUCGUAAUUAUCAUCAGAAAAUAGUACCGUUGAAAAAGUUAUCACUCCCAUUUUAUGCACAGACAAACGGAGGCUCAGAACAGUAACUUGCCUAAGAUCUUCCAUCGCGUAAGUGACAGAACCAGAAUUUGGAUGUAGGUCUGUUUGACUUCAAAAACCUUCCUCUUAACCCGUAUGCUAUAGUACCUCCUAUGAACAUUGUAAAGUUCUUACAAAGGAACUUUGUCCCCAGGGAAUGAGAUGAAUGAGAUGUCAAUAGAUGUAAUGCUUGUUUUGGUUAGUUGAAACCAUAUUUUGGAAGAACUAAAUAUCAAUAGUUCAAUAUUCAGCACAUGAAUAUCUACUUAUUUUAGAAAUUGGCCUUCACAAUUCUGUUCUGGAUUUCCUUCUCCACCCCAGUUGUCCUUGGCUCCUCAAUUAGGGCUUGAAACAGGGUAAAAAUCUGAAAGGAUGUGAGUACAAGAAUGACAGGAGAAGGUGCUAAAGGUUAGUUUUACUCACUUAAAAUUUAUCUAUAGUUGACUCACUCGAAUCAAGAGGAAAGUCUGUCUUACGUGGUCACCUGAUCUGAGGGGCCACCUGGUCUGAAGGAUUAAUUCUGAUAGUUCACCAAUAUUAAGAAUUUAAUAGCCUUUUGUGACCUAUCCUGAUCAUCUAACAACGAUUUAUAAGAAGCUUUUCAAAAACAUCUUUUCCGAUUUCCAUAAAACUGAUGAUAAAAAGGACAUUUGGAAUAUAAUUCAUUCACUGUUUGCCUGUACUAAUGCUUUAACUGUUCCCCACCACUGAGGGUGGUCUAACAGAGUGGUUUGUUCAAAGUUGUAAGAAAAAUGAGUGUCAAAGAGCCCUGAUAAUCUCGAGUUUUUAUGAGUGGACCUUGAGUACUUGAGAAUUUUCUGCGCAUGACUAAAAUAAACGAUCAGUAAUUAAAAACAAAUACACAUUUCUUUCACAGGUCAGAGUAUUUAGAAAGCAAAUGUCCCAAUGAAUGUUAGACAUUUGACCCUUUGUAUUGCUUUCAAUAUUAAGAACUUGAUAAUAAUUAACUUUAUUUCCUUCUAGUACAGCUUUAUCAUCUUAGUUACUAAGACAAAAGGCUUUUAGAAUACUCUUUGGUGUUUCUUCAUAGAAAUUAUAAAAUUUAAAUUUUUCUUUUAAAAUGUUUUGCAUACAUAGUGAAGACUUGUUAAAAUAUGUUUACAGUGAAUUUUCAUUGAAUUGAGAUACCAUGAUAUAAUCGUAAUGGCAGUUCUCAAUUGAGUUUUUGUCUUUUAAAAUUUAUUGUAAUUUUGUAAAUGUGCCGAAUAUAAAGAAUGUUUUCAUUUUCCAUAUUCCAUUGUAUCAAACUGUAUCACAUGGCUUCUGAGGUACUCAUAGAUUUUCUAUUUGUCUGAAGGAUUAAGUGCAGAUCGUAAUAUUAGGAGCAUAAGUGUGCUUUGAUAGAGAAUUGUUGGUGAAUGAAUAAAUACUGACUUUCUGGGCGUUGAGGCAAACAAUAGUAGAAGUGAUGUACCCAUUUCCUGCCCCAGGAAAUGGAAAAGUAAUGUACUCCUUGGCUAGUUCCUUAGCCAUAUAUUUGUACCAACUUUUAAGAUAAAGGAUCUAUAUAAGGAAGAAAAAGUACAUUAUACAACGAAGAAAGUAGGACCAGAUCACUCAUGGCUGAUGCAUCCUGUGCUUCUAAUAGGAAGGUUAUAAUUUACAGUGCAAUAUAAGGUAAGUUAACAUUUUAGUUUUUAAGAAAGUCCGGGAAAUACAUUGUUGCUUGUACUAGUUGCUGUCAUUGUUAUAUGCCUAUCCUAAUGAACUUGAUAGCAGUUAAACCCAGGGAUCCACCAAAAGCAGUACUAGAAGUAACAUAGAACAAAAAGAAAAUGAAACCCAAGAGGAUCUCUUCCUUAAAGAUUUAGAAACUGGCUGUUUGAAUAUAGACAUGCUGAGAUCCAGUACCUUUCAGCUUCAUGAUACACCCUUGGCAGCAGUUAGACGCCGACUAGCAACAGAUCGAAAUAAUGUUAAGUAAGAGUUAUUUAAUCUGUCAUCUAAAUUGACCUGAAAUCACCUUAAUGUGCUUCCCAAUAGGAGUUUAGAUUAUCAUUCACUUUAAAACUGAUAUAUGAAUGCCAGAAAAGUCAUGUUUUAUAUUAAAGGGAUCCAUAUCUUUAGUUACAGAUUUUUAACAUUCAGGAUUAACUUCCAUUUCACUGUACCAGUCAUGUUUGGUGGGUAAUUAGUGUAGUAUAUUUCAAUUGUAGCUUUUGAUAACCUUCAGAUUAGCAUACAUUCCUUUCAAAGAUUUUUACUUUGAUCUACAUUCAGGUGUAUGUAUCAGUACCUGAUCGGUAUUUAAUUGUUUGAUUUUGACUGUGUUAUCUUUUUUAUUUACCAGUUCUAUCUCCAAGGUUAUUAAUACUUUGUGAAAACAGUAAUAUCCAUGUUACCUAAUUUUGAUCAAGAGAUUUCUAGUUUAAAAUAUGCCAAUAGGAGCACCUGGGUGGCUCAAUUGAUUAUGUGUCUAACUUCAGCUCAGGUCAUGAUCUCACGGUUUUGUGAAUUCAAGCCCCACAUCAGGCUCUGUGCUGACAGCUCAGCCUGGAGCCUGCUUCAGAUUCUGUAUUUCCCUCUCUCUCUCUCUGCCCCUCCCCUGAUCAUGCUCUGUCUCUCUCUCUUAAAAAUAAACAUUAAAAAAUUUUUUGUAAAAAAAAAAUGCCAAUAGACAUCUUGAUCUUGUGGAAUAAACAUGUUUACUUUUAGGUAGUGUUAUUAAACCUAUAACAUUGCUAGAGAGAUAUAUAAUAAUUAUAAACAGUUAUGUUAGACACUAAUUAAAAUUUUUAUUCUGGUAAAUAGCUCUGUUUACUAUACCUGAAAUUGUUUAAGUCUGUGAUAGAGUAGAUUUAACUGAUACUUUAACAACUUAUUUUUAAGAGUUUUCAGACUUCUUAUAUUAAUUCUUUCCUUGGCACAUCUCAGUUGGCUAUUUCUGCCAACAAUAAAAUAAAUUAAUGAUUAUAAUAGACUAUAAACCUUAGCUUGCUGUUUUCAACCAGUAUAGAAGUAGAAAAGGGCUGUUUGAGAGUAUUGUCAUUGAUUAAACCAUAUAGAGGGACUUUAUCCAUGGGAAAGAUCAUUACAAGCAGAGUAUGGGAAAAACAAUUUUAAGACUUGUUUUUGUUAUACAAAUACAUUAAACAAUUUUAUAAUGACUAUCAUGACUAAAAGUGACUACUUUUUUUAAAUAUCCUUUCUCAAACUUUAGAUAAUUUGUUUUAAAAGAAAGUUUAAAGUCUUUUUAGGAAUAAGCACAGGUUUUGCAAAAAAUUAACUGAAAUUAAUUUUUUUUCUUUGAAGAAUGACUGCACUUAAGCACAGAGGAGGCUUCCUAAUUUGUUCUUUAAACUAUAUAUUUCAAAAGAGAAGAUGUCGAUGCUCAGACCUUAACACUUAAAAGCAUUUUGAUGAUUCUCUUGGGAGACUCACAUUUAAAAAGUUAUAAAAAUACUGCCUAAAAACAAGGAGUUGGACUUUAAUUUUUUCUUAAGAAAGUAACAAAAGCCUGUUAUCUUAUUUUUUUCUUAACUAUUUACCCAUUUAGAAAUAGUUACACAACUAGAAGCAAGCAUUAUUGAUUAUUGGUAUAUUAGUGGGGUUUUUGCUUUUUUUUUUUGUAUAGCAUAAAAUAUAAUUUACGUGUACUUUUUGGAUCUUCAGGUGAAGUAAGUUGUAAUAAGUCAUAAUGUAAUAAGUCAUUGACAUUUUUCACAUCAGAGAAAAUUUUCCUGAUGGUUUGAAAUCAUAAAAUAAUGUAAGAGUAUACUGAUUUCCCACUGUUUUCACAGAAUCAUAUUACCUCAGUGUCAAAAGAUGUGACUCUUAAAAACCCACCAGUGCUUUCAUCUCUUAGAUGACAUCCCACAAAAAGAUUGUCAAGUUAAGGACAGAUUAACACAACACUAAAAGAAAAUCACUAUACAGUUAGUUAGAAAAUCUUUCUUCCACUCUCUUAAGUUGUGUGGCUGGGCUUGACAUGAGACAUAAGACAGUUAAACAAGAGAAAAACAUACAGAUUUUAUUUAGUAUUUUUAUGUGCACAUGAGGGACUUCAUAAGGAAAGUGAAUACCCAAAGAGGCAGGACUAUGAGCUUAUAUAUUUUAAUAAAGAAACACUACUUUUAUGAAGAAGUGAUGAGACAAAGGGGCUUGGAAUAGGGGCAGUAAGUUGUGGGAAAAUGACUAGGAAAUACAUGAGGAAACUAAUGGAAGAUAAGGGCUAUUUUAGUAGGUUGGUUUUUAUAGAGUCAUUUUGGUGUUGACUCCUAGUUUCCAGUGAUAAGAAUGUUGUCUUCCUGGAACAAUAAGAGCACCUUUCUCAUGAGAAAUUUUUUGAUCAGCUUUUAGGUAGAAAGGCGAAGAUCAGAGAGCCCUUCCUGCCUCUGGUGUUUCUCAAGUACCUUCAGUUCAAAAUAAUCAAUAUGCUAAAGUAGCUUAUUUUGGGAUGGCAUGUUCUGAAUCCAUUGACAACCAUUCUCUAGAGCAUGGGUUGGCAAACCAUGGCCUGCAGAUAAAAUCCAGCCUGCCACCUGUUUUUGUAAAUAAAGUUUUAUUGGAACACAGGUAAAUCCAUUUGUUUACAUAUUGUCUACAGCUAAUUUUGUACUAGGAGGUAGAGUUAAUGAGGCAGAGUUGAGUACUUGCAACAGAUUAUAUGGCUUGAAAAGCCUAAAAUAUUUACUUUCUGGCCCUUUACAGAAAAAGGAAACCUUUUCCGCAUCUAUAGAGCAGGGUGAUAAUAUUAUCUAUCAUUAUUGCCCUUAAAAGGCAAUGCUUUUAAAAUUCUUUUAAAAAUAUGCAUGGCUGGGGCGCCUGACUGGCUGAGUCAGUUGAGCGUCCCACUUCAACUCAGGCCAUGAUCUCGCUGUGCGUGAAUUUGAGCCCUGCAUCAGGCUCACUGCUGUCAGUGCCGAGCCCACUUCUGAUCCCCUGUCCCUCUCUCUGCCCCUCCCCCACUCUGAAAAAAUAAUAAACAUUAAAUACAUAAAUAAAAUAAUACACGCAUGGCAUGUAGAGAACAUUUAAAAAGUAUUAAGCAUUAUUACCUGCAGUUUCCACUCGACCCUCUUGGGUUAUUCCAUAGGCAUCCUUAGUGGACAGAUCCCUUUUGUUUUACACUCUGGAAAGCCCUUUCCUCUUUCUAGACUGAGGCUCCCCUCCUUUCCAGAUCCAUUAAUAAUAUGAAAAUAUGUGUACACUUUACAGAAACACAUAUCUGUUUUACUUUCUGGCUUAAAACUAGAUUAGAUGGUAGUUUGUAUCUCUCAAGGCCUGUCAAAUUUAUUGCCAUAAAGUUAUUUUUAUAUGCUCUUACUAUCUUUUGAAUGUCUGCAUCAUCUGUAAUCAUGUCCCCUCUUUGAUUCUUCUGUCCUUUUUUAUUUUAAUCAGUUUUUCCAGAAGUUUUACCAAUUUUAUUGAACUUUCAAAGAAGCACUUUUGGUUAUAGAUACUUUUCUCUAUUUUUUUGUUUCACUUUUAUUGAAUUCUACUUUUUUCUUUUGUCUGGUUACUUUUGGUUUUAUUUGCUCUUUUUCUAGUGUCUUCAGGUAGCAUUUUAGAUUACUGAUUUUAGAAAUUUCUUCUUUUUUAAUAUAAACAUUUAAAGUUGUACAUAUCUCUGUAAGCAUGCUUCAUGUACCUCCCACAUAUUUUGAAAUGUAUUUUCAUUUUCAUUCAGUUCAAUAUAAUUUCUAACUUCCUUUGUGAUUUCUUCUUGGUUUACUUAGGAAUGUAUUUAAUUUCUAAGUGUUUGAGGAUUUUACAAAUACCUUUUCUGUUAUAGAUUUCUAAUUUAAUUCCACUGUGUAGAAUACUUUGUAUGAUUUCAGUCCUUUAAAAUUUAUUGAGACUUGUGUUAUAGAUCAGAAUUUGACCUGUCAUGGUGAAUGUUUUAUGUGUACUUGUAAAGAAUAUAUAUUCUAUUGUUAUUCUAAAUAAUAUCAACUGCAUCAGAUUGGUUGAUAAUGUUCAAGUUUUCUAUAGUCUUACUGAGUUUUUAAACUUGUUAAUUCUGAGAUUGUGCUGAAAUGUACAAUUAUAAUUUUUCCUUUUCUGUCAGUUUUUUGCUUUCUGUAUUUGAAGUUCUGUUGAAGUUCAUAUACAUUUAGAAUUCAUUUGUCUUUUUGAUGAAUCAAUCUGUUUAUCAGUAUGAGAUGUUCUUUUUUAUCC